CAAUAUGAAACUUGUCUUUUCCUAUUUGCUGAAUAUUUUAAUGCACGACCGUGUGAAGGACUCCCGGAUUAUAUAUAAGCAGGGGGUAGCUAGAUUCUAGUCAUAAUUCGCUGGAUUUUAGUUGGUUAUCACAAAAUGAACUCCUUGGCAAUUGCAACAAUCGCUUUAGCGCUCUUCUGCGCGUCUAGUGCUUCCGUAAUCGGUCAUGGUCCAGGUCUGUUAGGCCCCAUUGGAGCCUCAGCGACGCUGUGGAGUCCAAUUGGCGCAUCAGCAGGUCUUUACGGAGGUGUAGGUCCAUCGGCACAUCUGAUCGGUCCAGUAGGUCCAUCCGGUUCUCUGGUAGGCCCAGCCGGUCCCGUAGCCAACCUCGCUGGUCCAGUCGGUCCAUCCGCCAACCUCGUAGGUCCAGCUGGUCCAACCGCCAACCUUGUAGGUCCUGCUGGUCCAACCGCCAACCUUGUAGGUCCCUCCGGUCCAACUGCUAACCUCGUAGGCCCAAGAGGUCCAUCUGCCAACCUUGUAGGUCCAACCGGUCCAACCGCCAACCUCGUAGGCCCAGCCGGACCAACCGCAAACCUCGUCGGCCCCACCGGCCCAACAGCCAAUUUGGUCGGUCCAACUGGUCCCAACGCAAAUCUGGUCGGUCCCUCCGGUCCAACUGCUAACCUCGUAGGCCCCACUGGUCCAACUGCAAACUUGGUAGGCCCAACUGGUCCAAAUGCCAACCUCGUAGGCCCCACCGGUCCAAAUGCCAACCUCGUAGGACCCACUGGUCCAACCGCCAACCUCGUAGGUCCUGCUGGUCCAACCGCCAACCUGGUAGGUCCUGCUGGUCCAACUGCCAACCUUGUAGGUCCAGUUGGUGCCUCUGCCAACUUGAUUGGAGGCGCUGGCCCAGUUGCUGGUUUGCGAGGACCUAUCGGUGGAGCUAUCGGCAUUGCCGGACCUGGAAUUGGUUUGGGAGGUGUUGGUAUCGCUACCCGAGGAUACGCCAUUGGUGUGCCAUCUCUAGGCCUUGCUGGCCCAGGUCUCUUAGGUGUAGGACGAUUGAACCUAGGCGUUGUUGGUGGUGGACAUUCUGCUCUUCUAUCUGGACCAUCUGGUGCCAUUUCUAGAGACGCUUUGGGACAUGCUGCGAUUGCUGGACCAGCCUAUGGUAUCUUGGGUUCAGGACUCGCACACCACGGUUAAAUAUGAACAAAAACUACAAACCUGCUAUUGAUGCACUGCCAAACGUUCAUACCUCUUCCUCCUUCUAUUUAUCUUCUUAUAACGUUUGUUGAUGUGAUAUAUUUGAUUGUUACCUGCCUGAUCCUAGUCUAUAUGUAGAUUGGAUUCAAAUAUAGCAUUUUGAAAUUGAA